ACAGUUUGCCGUCAUAGAAACUGAGGUACAAAGUCUACAUAUUUCGUACCUAUAUGAAAUAGUCCAAUGUUUAUGACACUGUAGCUGACAUUAUGUCGGAUUUAUGGCAUCUGUGGUCAUUUUUUUUCAAGUUAUCAUGAAGAUGUAUCACCCACUGGACUAAGGAUGAAGCGAUUUGGGCAGUGUGGAUUCACUUGCAAUAUACUUCAUGUCAGAACACUAUCUGUAAGUGAUAGUUUGCAGAAGAAUUCAAGAGCAUGGACAUGAUCCAAAACUUUCCUUUAUAAGGUUUAAUGACAGGGCCAUCUUGGACAACGAUAAGACUUUACUAUAGCCUAGGAAUUGACUCUUUCGAUAUGAACAAGAUCGCAUUGUUGAAUUCGCUGCUCCUCCUAGCGUCCGCCCUGAUGCUACUGAUAUUAGUUAUCUUCACAGGCAGCGUAGAACAUCGACUGAUUCUAGAGUACGUUCCCAUCUUACCAGAAGCAUCGAAAACCGACUCGCUGAAUAGGCGCGAAUUUCAGGAUGAUUUGAAUGACUCCAAGAAUGAUUCCAGAACACCAAACACGACGUUAAAAGUUGGAAUCAUUUUGAGAAACUCUGAUGGCCAAAUCAAAAAUUUAUCUAGUCCUUCAAUAAACACAGUUGGAUCAUCGUCUUCGCGGAAACACGAGUAUUUACUGCUAGAUUCCAGGAAGGAACUAGAUCUCCAUUGUAAGCAAUGUGCGUUGGUGUUCAGUUCUGGCCAUCUCCUCGGGUCUAACAUGGGUAAAGAGAUCGACAAUACAGAAUGCGUCAUUCGACAAAACAUGGCGCCAGUGCUAAAACAUGUCAAAGAUGUAGGCAUGCGCACAACCGUACGUGUGGUUGGACACAGCAACAUCAAAAGAGGUCUCCUUACCCCGCAGACAGUAUCGAGGGAGAUAUUGUCGAAUCCAAGAACAAGACCCUCUAUUAUUUACGUUCCAUGGCUUUACAACGAAACCAUUGACAGGACUACGAACAAGGUAUUCCAGCAUGUGAGGAGUUUGAACAAGCUGUACCCCAAAGUGCAAUAUUAUUUCCAGAGCGACGAUAUGAUCGGCGAAAUGGAUGAGAUGUUUAUGGACGAAACUGGGUUAAACAGAACGGAGAUUGAAUCGUGGUUCAGCACUGGAUAUAUGUCAGUUCUAUUUGUUCUUGAUAUAUGUGAUAGUGUUGUGUGUUACGGAGUUUCGGACGCAGACUACUGCAAACGAGAACCGGAGUCUCCAGUCAGCUAUCACUACUUCGAUACGAGCAAGAAUCCACUCCGAGAAUGCAGCUAUUACAACGAGCGGGAAUAUCUGGUCAAAGGCGGUCACAAAUUCUUGACGGAGAAGAAGUUGUACGCCAAAUGGGCACAGCACAGGAAUUUAACGUUCCGCGCACCCACAUGGCCAAAGAGUGCGUUCAACUGGAGCAGUGAAUUUGAAUCGCCAUACUUGAAUGUGUACAGGAAGGCAAAAGAAGACGGAUCAUUUGCAAAUUAUGUUAAUAAGCCAGUGAUUGACAAUAAUCCUAAACCAUUAAGCAAUAAUAAAGUCAAGAGACCACUCCUCAGAAGGUUUAAAACAAAAAGACGACAAGUACCUAUUCGUUUGCCAAAUUUAAAACUCCCCCGAUCCUUAAAAAAGAGUUGAUCUAGAAUUGAAGAUUUUGUUCACAUGCUCUUCCGACGAUGCUUUGAAGUGCCGUCUAUGUGAUUAUCGUGCGAAAUAUUGGUUUUCAUAUCUGGGGGCCAUUUCAUAAAGCUGUUCGUAAGUUAAGAGCGACUUUAAGAACCUUUCAUACGCGCUGAAUAAUCACCAUUGAAAAAUUAAUGGUGAAAAUCAUUUACCAUAAGAAAGGUUCACCAGUCCUUCUUUAAGUCGCUCUUAACUUACGAACAGCUUUAUGAAAAUGCAGCACCCAUCAGGUUGAUAAAAGGACAAGUCCACCCCAACAAAAAGUUGACUUGAAUAAAAUUUCAUCAAAAUCGAAUAUAAAGUAAGAAAGCUAUUUUAAAGUUAAUCGUGCUAAAUUGUAUACACCAAAAUGUUCAUUGACGAAG